GCACGGGAAAAAUGGAUGCCCCUGGGACGAGAAGACGUGCAGCGACGCCGCGUUGAACGGUCACUGAGUGCUUGAAAUACGCACGGGAAAACGGGUGUCCCUGGGACGAGAUGACAUGCAGCAACGCUGCGUUGAACAGUCACCUGGAGUGCGUGAAAUACGCACGGGAAAACGGGUGCCCUUGGGACAAGAAUACGUGCAGCAACGCCGCAUUAAAAGGUCACCUGGACCGUCUGACUUAUGCACGGGAAAACGGGUGCCCCUGGGAUGAGAAGACGUGCAGCGACGCCGCGUUGAACGGUCACCUGGAGUGCCUGGCUUACGCAUGGGAAAACGGGUGUCCUUGGGACGAGAAUACGUGCAGCAACGCCGCGUUGAACGGUCACCUGGAGUGCCUGAAAUACGCACGGGAAAACGGGUGCCCUUGGGACGAGAAGACAUGCAGCGACGCCGCGUUGAACGGUCACCUGGAGUGCAUGACUUACGCAUGGGAAAACGGGUGCCCGUGGAACGGGAAGACAUGCAGCGAUGCCGCGUUGAACGGUCACCUGGACUGUCUGACUUACGCACGGGAACACCAGUGCCCCUGGGACAAGCGUACGUGCAUAAACGCCGCAAAAUACGGUCACCUGGAGUGCCUGAAAUACGCAUGGGAAAAUGGGUGCCGUUUGGAUAGGGAUAUGUGCAGCAUCGCCGCGUGGAACGGUCACCUGGAGUGCCUGAAAUACGCACGGGAAAACGGGUGCCCCUGGGAUGAGGAGACGUGCAGCUUCGCCGCAUAUUUCGGUCAGCUGGACUGUCUGAAAUACGCACGGGAAAAUGGGUGUCCCUGGGACGAGGAGACGUGCAGCAACGCAGCGUUUAGAGGUCACCUGGAGUGCCUGAAAUACGCACGGGAAAACGGGUGCCCGUGGAACAUCGACACGUGCAACAUGGCAGCGCGCCGUGACCAGUUUGAAUGUUUGGUGUACGCCUACGAGAGAGGGUGCCCGUGGGACAUUGUUAAUAACUCGGGUAGUUCAAGGAACUCGAAAUGCUUUGAAUACGCUAGCAAAAUAUGGUCCCAGUAUUAUCCUCGUACCUCCGAGAAUUGAACUCAAAUAAUAUCUUUUAUUAUGAAUUUAUGUCACGAGUUCUUAGCGUUUUUUUUUAU